AGACGUAGGCCCGGGCAGGUGUGACAGGCAAGCUCCUCGCCCGGGCCCCGUUGGCAGAACAGGCCUGGCAGCCGGUGACCGGUCCUCCCCCCUCUCCCAAGCCGCCUCCUCUCGCCAUGCCGAGCCCCCGGAGCAGCCGCGAGCGACGCGCCGGCUGCAGCAGCGGCCGCCCCGAGUUCCUGUCCCUCGUGAGCCAGCGCAGCCCCGUCUCCCCCGACAGCCCGUCACGCCGCAAGGAGUCGGGCAGCUCCGCGGCAGCCCCCAUGCCCGAGGAGGACUGCAUGAAGCUGAACCCUUCCUUCCUGGGCAUCGCCCUCAGCUCCCUGCUGGCCAUUGACCUUUGGGCAUCCAAGCGCCUGGGCGUCUGCGCCGGAGAGGGCUCGACCUGGGGCAGCGCCCGCCCCCUCAUGAAGGUCAUCGAGAUUUCGGGGCACGGCAUCCCCUGGCUGCUUGGCACCUUCUACGGGCUCUGCCAAAGCGACAGUUCAGCAGCCAGAGAGGUGCUGCUCAACCUGCUCUUCGCAUUGCUGCUGGAUCUCGUGAUGGUGGCAGUGGUGAAAGGGAUUGUCAAGCGGCCACGGCCCACCCACAACAAGAUGGACAUGUUUGUCACCAUCUCAGUGGACAAGUACUCCUUCCCAUCAGGCCAUGCCACCAGAGCUGCCCUGGUCUGCCGCUUCGUUCUGCACCACCUGGUACUAGCCGUCCCACUGCGAGUCCUCAUGGUGCUCUGGGUUCUCAUUGUCAGCGUUUCAAGGGUCAUGCUGGGCAGGCACAACAUGACAGACGUGCUCUUUGGUCUACUGCUGGGCUACAUGCUGUACAGUGUGGUGGAGUACUGCUGGUUGUCCCCGCUCAGUGCACCUGCCCUCUUUGCACUCUGGAGACACUGAUGACUGGGUCCCUCCCAAAGGAAAGGACAUGCACCUGGUUUUCUAAGCACGCACAAGGAGGGGAUAUUGGGACUUAAGCUCGUACAUUGGACCCCAUCUAACCCACCAAGACUUCAACACUAGCAGCACUGCAGGCUCCUGGGCCUGCAUUUUGGUGCCGUCUUGCCCUGUUGGGUAGGGUGUGCACAGGCCAAGUAGCUGCACUGACUGUUGUCCCAUGAAAAAAAAAAAAAACAGUCCCUGCAGAGCCCAGGGAGGGGUCAGCACGUUCAUGUGGCAGCUCACAACUGGUACAGUGAAUCUGCAUGCUUUUGCUGGGCACCUGCUGCAUUAGCCCAUAAUGUAUGUGGUAGCUGUGGCUUCUCUGAAAAUACACUGAUCAUGUUAUGAGUGCGCCCUGCACAGCCCAGUGUAUAAAAUAUGCCUGAAGGGCACUCUCUAGGGUCUCUCCUCAAGUUUGAGGGACUCUGCCUUCCUAAGCAGUGCAUCUCUUCCAUUGCUCUAGAUUUAAGUACUACACAGAAAACAGAUCUUAAAGCACUGAGGACAGAGGCACCUGGCUCCCAGUGUCAUGGAGAGAAAAGGUGCAACCAAAGGUUUGGCCCAUUCAUUUCAUCUCCAAAACAGCAGGUAAUGGAGGAAGCAUCUGUAACAGCACUGCUCCUGAAGACCUUGUGCAGAACUUCAUAACUGCUUUUCCCCUCCACAGGGAUUUUAGUCUACCAGGGGUACAGCACAUUCACAGUAGUUCCUGCUUGCCAGUCUGCUACCAGCAUACUGCAGCAUGAG